AUGGGGAGCCGGAAAGAGCCUAAGCCCUUCAAGUCCAAACUCAAAAACCCUCGCACCCCUGAAACCCUCGCUCCGAAGCUAGCUAAGACCAAAGUCACCAAGAAGAAUAAGAAGAAGAAGAAGGAUGGCACAGUCCAAAGCAAUGGCAAGCACCAGUCUGGGAACAACGAGAACGAGGAGAGCGUCAAGGAGUCUCAGCCAGCAUCAGCUUCAGAUCAGUUGAGGUUCUUUCUGGAUCAGUUUCAGUCUUCAAAGGGCGUUCAACUUUCUUCUCUCGAGUUGGAAUCGCUAAAAGAGACAUGCAUUUUGGAGUUACCGCAGGACUCAGAUGAAGUUAAAUCCUUGGCGAAUAAUGUCAGAGCGGCUUUUGGCCAAUCAUGGAAAGAGGUGCUAUGUGAAGGGCAACUUGUGGAAGGAAAAGUUAAUGCUGGCAGUCCAGCUGUUCUUAUAAUUAGUUCAUCUGCCUUAAGAUCAAUUGAACUUUUAAGGGGCUUUCAGUCGUUGACAAAAGAGUGUCGUGCUGCAAAGUUGUUCUCAAAGCAUAUGAAGAUUGAGGAGCAGGUUUCCUUGCUAAAAAACCGUGUUAACAUUGCUAGUGGCACGCCAAGCAGGAUAAAGAAGCUCAUUGACACUGAGGCACUAGGCCUUUCAAGGUUACAAGUGCUUUUGCUUGACAUACACACAGAUGUAAAGGGCUAUUCUUUGUUUACCUUGCCACAAGUCAGUGACGAAUUUUGGGACUUGUUCAAGACUUAUUUGUAUCAACCAAUGGUCCAAGGUAAUCUGCGAAUCUGUCUUUAUGGUCCGUGUCAUCAGGCUGUUCGGUUAAAAGGCAAACGAAGACAUAAUGAUUCUGAUAAAUAAAUCCCUCCGGUUUUGUUUCUCUAGUUAAUUUUAGAAUGAGAAUUCUUGGUUUUGGCAGAGAUAUAGUCUUUCCUUCUUCUUUCUACUUUAUAACUCUUCCCAUCAACUUAAAGAUGCCUUUGUGGGAUUCAUCUCUUCACUGUUCUUCCCAAAACGACCACGGUGAAUUCUUGUCGCUGCCAUAGAAGCCAGUUUUGACGUCUUCCACAGAAUGUAUUGUUUCUUUUCUACUUGUACACAAAACGAGAUGUAUAAUAUUUUAUACCUUGGUUCCCAUCCUGACUUGUUU